AUAUUUGUACUUUACCAAUUUGUACUUUACCAAGAGAGUUGUUAUUAAAACCUCUUUUGUUUUCCUCUUAUUUCUUUACAUUACCAGCCAAUUCUGUAACUGCUGGCCAACUCUUAUGCAGUGGGCUCUUUUCCCUCGAUCCCAUUUCAAAUUGGUUUGCUGCCGUUGCCCUCAGCCAUUCCCUUGUCGACAACAUUGCCCAGAAGGAAAACAUGUUGAGAGUCCAGCUGGCAACUAGUGUUGGAAGUCCGCCAGUGUCCUUAAUGCAGCAGUGCACAUCCAUCCUGCAGGCAGGCACAAAGAUACCAACAAGGCUGGGUAUCCUCAUGCUCCUCUCCACCUGGCUAUCUCACUGUCCUGUUGCUGUACAAAAUUUCCUCUCCAUACCUACUGCUGUGCCAUAUCUUACAGCCCAUGUGCAAGCAAAUGAACAUGAUGAGUUGGAGUUAGUGUGCCAAGGCCUUUGUGCCUUCGUCCUGGGCUUAUGUGGUCAGUUCAACGAUGGAAGUAGCAGUAAUUUCUCCCAGGAGAGUCUCCGACAGCUUGUAAGUGACCGCAUUGGUGCAGAAAAUUUCAGCGACAAGUUGAGCAAUAUAUCCAGGACUGAAGCCUAUACAAAAGCAGCCAAAUCUCCUCAGCUCUCAGCCAAACAGUCUUCUGACCUUGUGUUUGAUCAUGAAUUCUGUCGACUUUUCAAAAGCCUCGAAGUGUCAGCUUUGCGAGCAGUGACCCCACAGUUAGUAAAUGGUACAAGCACAGAGGUCAGUCCAGCAGAAGUGAAAAAAUAUAAAGACAUUAUUCGUGAUCAAGAUGCAGAAAUGACUCAAUUAAGGGAGCAGCUGAGUAAAUGCCAAAGUGAUUUAGAGCAAAUAGCCUCUGAGAAGGAGAGUCUCACAUCAAAAAUCCAACAGCUUCACGAUGAAAAUACAGUUCUGAAGGCACAACAAGGUAUGGCAGCUGGUGUUGCCAUUACCAAUAGUGCUGACACAACCUCUGAGGCCACCAGUUCCAACACAGAACAGAUCAAUCAACAGCUGGCAUAUGUACAACAACAGUUGGCUGAAAUGACUCAUGCUAGAGAUUAUUACUAUUAUGAAAUGGUUAAGAAGGAUCAAGAGCUAACGGCCAUGCAGCAGCAACAGCAACAGAAUGGGCCAGGACAGCAAGCAGUGGCAGUAAAUGGAUUGCAGGUGAGAUUUUAACCCUUUCACUGAUAC